UUAAAAAUCAACUGCAGUCAUUUCUUAGGAGUGGUCUGAUUAUUGUAAUUAUAUUUCCUGAUAACUACUAUCAGUUACCAGUAUCAGGAAAACAUCCGAAAAUAGGAUUAUUGGAAACAUUUUGUUCAAGAUUUCUCAGUCGCCAGUAUGCCCAAAAAACCUGCUAGCGACUACUCUAGAAACAUUCCUCAGUCUUGUGAUACUUUUGUAGUUUUUCCUCCGGGCACAGCCUUCAACAGUGUUGUUUUCGGGAAAAAUUCCGAUCGACCAAAAGGGGAAGUACAAGAAGUUGUGUAUUUCCCUGCAGAAAAUCAUGAAUCUGGAACCCAAGUUCAGUGCACUUACAUAGCCAUACCCCAAGCUGAGCACACUCAUGCAGUAAUCUUGAGCAAGCCGGCAUGGAUGUGGGGUGCGGAGAUGGGCGCAAACGAUGCCAAUGUCUGCAUAGGGAACGAGGCUGUCUUUACUAAACUAAAUGCAGAUGAUGAUAUUGAAGAAAGGCUACUGGGAAUGGACUUAGUGAGAUUGGGUCUUGAGAGAGCGAGUUCGGCAAGGGAAGCUGUCGACGUCAUAACUAGCCUCUUGGAAGAGCAUGGCCAAGGAGGGCCUUGUUCCGAUACGAAGACUGAUUUCACUUACCAUAAUAGCUUCCUAAUAGCAGAUCAUAAAGAAGCUUGGGUCUUAGAAACAGCUGGAAAACUGUGGGCAGCUGAACAAGUAACUAGCGGCUGUAGAAAUAUAUCGAAUACUCUCUCUAUUGAAACGAAGAUUGAUUUAAUGAGUAAAGAUCUGAAGGAGCAUGCACAAUCCAACGGAUUUUGGGAUCCAAGUCAAGGGGAUUUCAAUUUUGCGGCUGCCUAUGGAAAUCCUAACGACAGUGCGACGCAACGAUACACCAAAGGAAGAGAACUACUCGAAAAUUUAGCAGCAUCAGGUGAAUUUAGUACUAUUUCCAUGUUUGAUGUUUUAAGAGACUGUGAUAGUGGUAUCUGCAGAGGAUUAGAUCACGAAUUUCCUACAGCAGCUUCUCAGGUAUCUGUUUUACCAAAUCCUGAUACGCAAAGAUCUUCUUGUCACUGGUUUACGGGUACUCCUGAUCCAGCACAUUCAGUAUUUAAGCCUUUUGUGUUCUGCUCAUCUAAUAGAAUUUCACGCCAUAUUGUAUCACCUACUUAUCCUGAUAACGAAGAUCCAGCUAAGAUCAAGCCAAGAUUCCAAACCCAAGUGAAUAGAAAUCACACCCUUUAUACCAAACACCAAAAAGCUUAUCCCAUUCUUACAAGUGAUAAUCCGAAGGGGAAAGAAGUCAUCUCAGUUCUGAGAAGUCUAGAGACACAGUGCGUCAAAGACAUGGAGAGCUUCGUCGAAAAUUUCACAUCCGACAAGGCCAAAGAAGUUGAAGACCUCUUCAAGGAUCUGGUCGAAUCUGAAAUAAAGUUCUAUUUCAUCAAGUAAAUGAUUCCACUUCACAGAAGGGGAACAAAAUAAUUUGAUGUGCGAUCAUAGUGACAAGGCCUUCUUAUUACAUUUAGUUUGCAAUUUAGUAUACUACUUACAUAAAAGACUUCCUCGUAUGUAAUAAGACUAUUUAGCUUGGCUAUGCGCGGUGUUACCAUAUUGCAAAAUGGCUAAAUGGGGCUUUUUUCUAAUGUUCUACGAGAAGUUAACAUUGCAUGAAAAUCGAAUGUGCAACACUUAGCAGGACUACUUUUUGAGAAAAAGAAACGAAUGCUUGUUUGAUUAUGCUGAUGCGAUAUUUUUCAUACUUUUUUUUAAUGUGUGACGAGUUGUAAAUAAAUUGGCAUCGCACUUAGUUUUUCUCAUUAGCUAGGAAUGAAUUAUCUGAUGUGGAAUAAAUAAUAAAAAAUUUAAAGUUUUUGUCCACUUCA